CGAGUAUAUUUUUUAAUAUAUUCUAUUAUAUAAUAUAUUUUUUAAUAUGACCUUAAUAUAUUUUUGAAGAAAAUUUUCCAUCACCUCUCAGUUGGCAACACUCAAUAGAGAUUCAAGAUGGCCGCACCCAAUAAGUGAUAAUUAUAUAAGAAAUAUUUUGUUAAACUCUUAGUUUUAAAAAUAUUUUUUUGAUGCGUACAGUAAUAUUAACCAAUCAUUUAACUGGUUAAAGCAUAUCUAAUUGCUAGACAAAAAUGAACAGAACUUUGAAUUUUCUCAGAUAUUGCAUUCACUUCAAUAUACAUCAAAGAAAUAUGAAAUUAUUCACAUUUUCAAGAAUCCUGAACAAUACAAAUGCAUAUAAAUUAAUUCAAAUUAACAGAAUCUUGUUAGUAUCAAGAAAAUGCUGUUCAACAGGAGAAAAAUGUUGGAAUUGUCAAUUUAUAUUGAAGAAGCUGGAUUUAUUCUGUUCAAAAUGUAAUUAUAUACAAUUACCAAGCAAUGAUGUCAACUAUUUUGAACUUAUGGGCGUACCUCAGAGCUUUGAAGUUGAUGUGUCUAAAAUCACGAUGACAUUUAGGGAUUUGCAACGACAUCUCCAUCCCGAUAAGUUUACUACGAAGUCUCUCAGAGAGCAGGAAUUAUCUGCACAGCAAUCGUCGCUGGUUAAUAAGGCAUAUAAGGCCCUUUCAAACAGAAUGGAACGUGGACUGUAUCUGUUGGAAUUACACCAAAAGCCAUUGGUGGAAGACGGCGUGCGUAUGGAACCGGAAUUCUUGGCAAAGAUUAUGGAAUUAAAUGAAUGCUUGGCCGAAAUUAAAGAUACCGAAAGUUUAGAAGAAUUUAAUCUUUCCAAUUCCACUUCUAUGGAGGAACUGUAUAAAAAUGUGGCAGAAGCAUUUGAAUGUUCAGACAUAGACAAAGCUCAACUUUUAUUAGCAAAGUUGAAAUAUUAUGAAAGCUUAUUGGAACAAAUUAAAAAGUUAAGAGAGCAAUUGUCCUAUUAGAUAUAUAUUUUUUUACUACAAAAAUUAACAAAAUAUUUAUUUUAUAUUCUUAUUUAAUUUAAAUAUCAGUCUUGUUUGUAUUUGACAAACUGCAUUUUUAUAAGUUUAUUGUUAAUGUACUUGUUAAGGUUUCAUGCAAUUUAAUUAGUGUUAUAUUGUUAUGACAAAUUAUUAAAAUGAUUAAAAAAAUAAAUAAAAUUUAUUUUUUUUAAAUUAGUUCUGUAUGAAUUUUUAGUAUUUUCUGGUUAGCAGGGCACCAGUCAAUUGAUGUGAUCCAACUUGCGUGUAUUAGGUUGAUAAU